UGUAGUUGAGUUACAAUUAUUUACUAGCCUAUUAACCGUGCACGUACAGUAUGUCCAGUAAGGAAUUAUCAGGGAGUCAGUCGGCUCAAUAUGUUGGGCCUUACCGGCUGGAGAAAACACUGGGGAAAGGACAAACAGGUUUGGUUAAGCUUGGAGUUCACUGUAUCACAGGACAGAAGGUAGCUAUCAAAAUAGUCAACAGAGAGAAGCUAUCCGAGUCUGUGCUAAUGAAGGUGGAAAGGGAGAUUGCUAUUCUGAAGCUAAUAGAACAUCCGCAUGUGCUGAAACUGCAUGAUGUAUACGAGAAUAACAAAUACCUGUACCUGGUCUUAGAGCAUGUAUCUGGAGGGGAGCUGUUUGACUACCUGGUGAAGAAAGGGAGGCUGACACCCAAAGAGGCCAGAAAGUUCUUCAGACAGAUCAUCUCAGCACUCGACUUCUGUCACAGUCACUCAAUCUGCCACAGGGACCUGAAGCCUGAGAACCUUCUGCUGGAUGAGAAAAAUAAUAUCCGAAUUGCUGACUUCGGCAUGGCCUCACUGCAGGUGGGAGACAGCCUUCUAGAGACCAGCUGUGGAUCCCCACACUAUGCCUGCCCAGAAGUUAUCAGAGGUGAGAAGUAUGAUGGCAGGAGGGCUGAUGUGUGGAGUUGUGGGGUCAUCCUUUUUGCGCUGCUGGUGGGUGCUUUGCCCUUUGACCAUGAUAACUUACGGCAACUGUUGGAGAAGGUGAAGAGCGGAGUGUUUCACAUGCCCCACUUCAUUCCUCCUGACUGCCAGGCCCUGCUCAGGGGAAUGAUCGAAGUCAACCCAGACAAGAGGCUCACACUUGAAGCAAUACAAAAUCACACCUGGUAUCAAGGGGGUAGGAAUGAGCCCUGUCCAGAACAGCCGCCCCCCAGGAGGGUGUGUGUGCGGCGCAUACUCUCCCUUACAGAGCUCGACCCCGAUGUGUUGGACAGCAUGCACUCUCUGGGCUGCUUCAGAGACAGAGGGAAACUAACACGCGACCUGCAGUGUGAAGAAGACAACCAGGAGAAGAUGAUAUACUACCUCCUCCUGGAUCGGAAAGAGCGAUACCCUAGCUGCGAGGAUGAAGACCUACCCCCCAGAAACGACAUAGCAGACCCUCCGCGAAAGAGGGUGGACUCCCCAAUGCUGACCCGGCACGGCCGCUGUCGUCCCGAGAGGAAGAGCCUGGAGGUGCUGAGUGUCACAGAGCAGGGCUCUCCCACACCUCCCCGCCGGGCUCUGGACACAGCAGCACACAGCCAAAGGUCUCGCUCAGUUAGUGGAGCUUCCACUGGACUUUCCUCUAGUCCUCUCAGCAGUCCCAGGAGCCCCGUCUUCACUUUCAGCCAAUCAGAAGUUACUUCCGCCACAACCACCCAGUCUAAGGACCCUAAACCUGGAAGUGCUACCACUCCUCGGGCAGCCCAACGAGCACCCGAACAAAAAACCCAAACUCUACCUUCUAAAGCCCACUCCGAUCGCCCUCACCUUCAGUCCAUGAAGUCUCUCCCACUCCACAAGCCUCCGUCCCCUUCUCCCUCGCCCCUUCUCUCCCCCAUCCCCCGCUUUUUCUUCUUCCCUGCUCCUUCCGUUCUCAAGUCUGUCACCAAAACCAUCUAUCCUAACUCUGCCCAUCCUAACACUCUGUCACAGGUUACUCCCCAGGGCUCUCCACUGCCCACCCCACUUGGUACCCCUGUCCACCACCCCCAACAUCCCCCUCCUACUCCUCCUUCUUCUUCCUCCUCCUCGUCUUCUUCACGGGCGGAGGGUGGGGGAGUGGGUGUUGGCUCCCUCUCCCUGACUCCACCCUCCAGUCCUGGGGGUGGUGGAGGCAUGGCGGCCAGUAGUUCUGCCCACUGGAGGACCCGCCUCAAUUCCUUCAAAAACAACCUGCUAGGCUCUCCACGUUUCCAUCGGCGCAAACUACAGGUCCCAACAUCAGAGGACAUGUCCAGCCUGACGCCAGAGUCUAGUCCUGAACUAGCAAAGAGGUCCUGGUUUGGGAACUUCAUCAGUCUGGAGAAGGAGGAACAGAUCUUUGUGGUGAUUAGAGACAAGCCCCUGAGUUCCAUUAAAGCUGACAUCGUCCACGCAUUCCUCUCAAUCCCUUCCCUCAGCCACAGUGUCAUCUCCCAGACCAGUUUCAGGGCAGAGUACAAGUCCUCUGGUGGUCCCUCUGUCUUCCAAAAGCCUGUCAAGUUCCAAGUGGACAUUGCCUUCUCUGAGGGAGACAGGGAGCGAGAGAGAGAGAGAGCAGAGAGGGAGGGCAAGAGAGAGACUGGCAUCUACAGUGUGACUUUCACCCUCAUAUCAGGUCCCAGCCGUAGGUUUAAGAGAGUGGUGGAGACCAUUCAAGCCCAGCUGCUGAGCACUCAUGACCAGCCUUCUGUGCAGGCGCUUGCUGAUGAAAAAAAUGGGCAGCUGUCCUCUCGGCCGCCGGGCACACCAACCCGGCAGAACUCACGGCGCUCAGAGGGCGGAGGGGACAGGGGCGAGUGGGGCGAGCGGGGAGACGGAGGGGGAAUAGGAGGAAGUGGAGGGGCAUUACAGCGCAGAGGAUCUGGUAAAGACAAGACAAGACUCCUGUCCUCCAAUGGAACGCAGUCUCAACCCUGAGAACAACCAGUCAGUACGGUAGCGGGUCACAAUUUCACCCAACACUGAAAGUGAGACAUAAAAGUUAAAUCAAAGUGAAAAGUCUGUUCAAACACAAAAUAAUGCUUUUAAUUUCAAAAUAAGAUGAUGGUAUAUUGGUCUCUGCAAACAUGUUCAUCCAUCAAUGGAAAGAAAACCAACAGCAGAAAUACAAGAAUUAUGAACAAAAUUAGAUGACGUCAUUACAACACUACUCUUAAUGAGAGACCCACUCUGGAAAGUUAAAAUAUGAUACAAUCAAUUACAAACAAUGUAGUCUUAAAACUACCAUGGAGGAAAAGGGAACACUGUAUGACAGAAGAAUCCAAACCGGAAGGUCCCAGUGAAAGAAGCCUACUGGAAACCACCCCAAA